AUGAACAAACAAACAAAAUCAACGGUUACAAAUAGUGAUAGUACCAAUUCUAAAUUCCACAACAAACAAAGAACUUUGAUUUUAUCUUCACGAGGUAUUCAUGCUAAACAUAGACAUUUAUUGAAGGAUCUUCGUACCUUGUUACCUCACACUAAAACCGAAAGUAAAUUCUCUAAAGAAGGAAUAGAUGAAGGAGAUUUGGUUAAAAAACUUCACAGACUUCAAAAGAUUGACCACAUUGCUGCUGCUUUGAAAUGUCCAAAUAUUUUGUACUUUGAAGUUGAUAAGGAAUCAGCAGAUACAGAAUUGUUUUUAUGGAUGUCAAAGACUUCAACUGGACCUUCUAUGAGAUUUAAAGUUGAAAAUAUCAGUACUAUGAAUGAAUUGAAUCUUAUCGGAAAUUGUUUGAAAUAUUCAAGACCAUUAUUACAUUUCGACAAAACAUUUGACAAUAUUGAAGGCGAAGAUAAGCUUACUCAUCUCCCAUUGAUUAAGGAAUUAUUAACACAAACUUUCUCUACACCACUUAAUCAUCCAAAAUCAAAACCAUUCUUUGAUCACAUGUUUGCUUUCUAUUAUUUGGAUGGAAGAGUUUGGUUCAGAAAUUAUCAAAUUGUUACAAAACAAUCAAGCCAAGGAGUUGCAUUGACUGGUUCCCAAAAACAUGAAUAUUCUCUUGUUGAAAUUGGACCUAGAUUUGUUCUCAAGUUGACUAAGAUUCUCAAUGGUUCUUUCGAUGGUAGAGUUAUUUUCAAUAGUGAUUCACACUUUGUUUCAAAGGCUGAAGUUCAAAGAUUGGAAAGCAUUAAACUUGACCUCGACAAGCAAAAAAAGACUGAAAAACACAGAAAGUACUUAGAAUUGAGAAAGCCAGCUGAUGCUGAUGAAGUGAGUUCUGUUUUCAAUUAA